CCGCCUCAAAUUAUCAAACACUUUCGAGUUCUUUCAUUUACAACUACUACAGUUUGCAAAAUUCAGAGAGGCAGCAUGGAACCAAAAAGGGCUGUUUGUGUGCUCAAAGGCACAGGGGAAGUGACCGGAACAGUCUAUUUCGACCAAGCGGAUGACAAGGCUCCAGUGAAGGUCUCUGGGGAAAUUACUGGCCUUACAGAAGGGAAGCAUGGCUUCCACGUCCAUGCUUUUGGAGACAACACAAAUGGCUGCAUCAGUGCAGGACCACACUACAACCCACACAAUAAGAAUCACGGUGGACCUGAGGAUGAAGAGAGACACGUUGGUGACCUUGGUAAUGUAAGAGCUGGUAAUGAUGGUGUUGCUAAAAUUGACAUUGUGGACAAACAGCUGACACUGCAUGGCCAACUCUCCAUCAUUGGAAGGACCAUGGUGAUCCAUGAGAAGGAGGAUGACUGUGGAAAAGGAGGUAAUGAGGAAAGCCUUAAAACUGGCAAUGCUGGAGGUCGUCUGGCCUGUGGGGUUAUAGGCAUCACCCAAUGAAGCUCGAAAGUAUAGCCAGUUUAGAAAUGUUCUUGUGUAUGCCCCUUUAAAAGCACUUAGCCCAUUGAAAAAUACAUUUCUAUUUUUGCAGUUUAAAGAAUUGUGUAGCUGUUAUCUGCCAAUGUCUUUGAAGGACAUUCCUAUAUGUACCAUCUGAUUUCUGCUUAACUCAAUAAACAUUCUACAAACUGG